GCACACGCGGACGGAGGGGGGGAGGGAUGUGCUCGGAGGGGGAGGGGGCCGUGGAGCAGGGGCUCUUCGAGGAGAGCGUGGAGGCGAUCACGCUCCCUGCCACUCACCUGCAGCCGGACAGGAAGGCUCACCUGCUGGUGAGGAGAGCCGCGGCCCACUUCUCCUCCUCCUCCUCGGCGGAGGGGCUGUGCCGGGAUCUCUCCGAGGCGUUCGCGUUGAGCCCCGCCGAGGCGCGGCGCCGGACCGGGCAGCUGUUCCCGGGCAGCAGCGCGGGUUCCAUGCGAGCUCAGAUCAGGCAGCUGGCAGAGGCAGGGCUGGCGGGGUUCAGGGAGGCGGUGAGGGCCAGGCCGGAGCUGAGAUCCGAUGAAGGGGUGGCGAUGCUGGAGCCCGUCGUCUCCCGGCUCAGGCUGCUGUCCCAGCUGGAGCCGACAGGGGGCGCCGGAGCCCGAGAGGUGCAGGUGCGCCUGGCUGAAUGCCUGGUUCUGUCCGGGGACUGGAGGGGGGCCUUGGCUGUGUGUCAGAGUCUCUCCGCGGACGGGCGGAGCAGCUACCGCAGCACUGCCCUGGUGUUCAGGGGCUUCGCCAGGCUGCUGGGCGGGGAGGAGGCGCUGGCUCUAGCGGACUUCCAGGCGGUGUUGGGGCACCCCUCCCCGCACCCCUGCAGCUGCGUGCGGGCGCUGUGUGGCCGGGGGCUCCUGCGCAUGCUGGCGGGGCGCCCCUACCUCGCCGCGCUGGACUACGCCACGGCCAGCAGGCUCCGUCUCGACGAGGCAGCCCUGACUGUGCAGAGCCUCGUGCCCUGGAACCACAGGGGUCUGCUGGCCGCCCUGCUGCUGGAGGAGGGGCGGGGCAUGCUGGAGCAGGGGCGGGGCAUGCUGGGGGAGGGGCGGGGCAUGCUGGAGCAGCCUGGAGGGGACCAGGAGGGGGAGAGGAGCGGGAAGAAGGACAGCAACAGCACCCCCUCGACCAAGAAAGGGGACCCUGCUGGGGUGCACUCCCUGGCUCUCCUCCUCAUGGAGCUGGACCCCAGUUCGGACCCCGCCCGGGUCCUGGCGGCGGACGCUCUGUACCGGCUGGGCCGGGUCGAGGAGGCCCACCGCCUGCUCCUCGUGGCCCGCGAGGCCCACCGGACCCCCGUGCUGGCCCGGCUCACCCUGCUACAACUACACCGCGGCUUUCUGUACGACGCUAACCAGCUCCUGAAGAAGGUAGUGCAGCUGGGUGUCACGUCCUGCCUGCUCCCCAUCCUGUCUGUGUUUGAGCAGCCGGAGCGCAGCCUCAUGCAGCAGCAGUGCCACUCCAGCGCCUGCAGGAUCCUGAGCGAGCAGCAGGGGGAGCCCUUCAUCAAGGAGGCCGUGGCGUACCUGUCCCUCGCCAUCAUCGCCUCGGGUGGCGGGGCGGUGGACUCGCUCCUCUCUCGUGCCCGCUGCUACGCCAGCCUGGGCCAGCACAAGACGGCCAUCUUUGAUUUCAGCGCCAUCCUGAGGGAGCACACUGAGCAUGUGCGGGCGCUGUGUGGGCGGGGCUUCACCUACCUGGUCCUGAACCAGCAGAAGGAGGCCACUCAGGACAUCGUGUCGGCCCUCAGAGUGGACACUCCCGCGGUCACUCGGGACAUCCUGUCCCUGAAGGACCAGGCCAGGACGCUCGUCUGUGAUUGGCUGCACCAGCACGGCAGGACCGCCCUCGCCGAGAUCACGGCAGCCAAUCAGGUCCCCUGUGGGGAGGAGCUCCUGAAGGAGGUGCUCCUGAUUGGAGGAGCUCUGGUGGAGAUUGACAGCAGGAGCUCCCAGUGGCAUCUCCUGUAUAUCGACGCGCUGUUGGCUAAAGGUGCGCUGGACUCCGCCUCCUCUCACCUGCGGCAGGUGUUCGGUCAGGAGCCGCGGGAGCCGCCGGCCAGGGCCAGGUCAGGGGUCGUGGAGGCAUGGCUUCAGAACCCAGGGAGGGCAGCGAGGGAUCUGAGCGAGAUCUCCGAGCGAGACCCUGAGACCCUCAACUUCCUGCUCACCCUGACGACUGCCAUACAGCGGGCACACCUGACACAGGCUGCAGCACAGGAGGCGGGCUCUCUCUCCCAGCCCGGCCAAUCCGAGCGCACGCUGGGGUUCCUGACACUGGCAGUGCACGCGGCCGCGGCGCGGGGUGGCCCGGUGCACCCUGGGUACUGGGGGCUCCUGCGCGAUCGAGCUCGCUGCCUCGCAGGACUUGGGUUCCACGAGCGGGCCGUCGCUGACCUGGACCGGCUCAUUCAGAACCAGGGACCCUCCCCCCACGACCUGUGUAGCCGAGGACACAGCCUGCUGCUCGCCUGCAGGGAGCGGCCAGCCCUCAGGGACUACAUGCGGGCUCUGGACCUAGCCCAGCCCCAGGCUCUGGCCUGCGUGGACGUCGGGCCCGGCCGGACCCGUUUGGCACAGUGUUUCCACAGGGGGGCGCUGGAGAGGGGCCUGGAGGAGGCCGGGAGGCUCAUAGAAUACGGGCUGCUGCUGGACGAGAGCAACACAGAGCUGAGGAAACUGAGGAGCAGAAUCAAGAGAGAGGCAGGGGCUGCAUC